AUGUCGCGGUCGUCAUCGUCGGCAUGUGAAUUACCAGCCGUUGCCGCGCAUUUGCCCAAAAAAGUGCAACUCCGCAUCAUUGCCAUCUGGCAGAAACGAGAUCCACACGCCAGUUGCGAGGAGCAAAAGCGGAAGACCAGGUUAAUAUUACUGAAUCUGCCUGCACAUCUCCGUGCUCAACUGCAACCACCGCCAUUCCGAUGUGAGAUGCCACAUUUUGUGCAUCGACUUGAGCAGCACGUGCAGACAGAAAUACAGAAGAUAUGGGUCGGAUAUCACGAUGGGCAGCCGUGCUUUGAGCAAGUUGAUCGUCAACUGGUCGUCCUCCAGGCCAACGAGAUUUCCCUCGGCUCGUUCCGCUACCCUCCCGCCAAGGCAUUCGAUCGGCUUGAACUGCUCCAAAAGUUCCGCCGAGCUUCGGUCGCU